UUCUCACUGGGUUUUUAUGGUAGCAGUCAUGUGCCUAAGCCUAGUUGUCUAUACAACAAUUCUGUAGUGGCAUUGAGAGGUAAAAAAAUCAAAAAAAUCAAAAAAAAAAUCAGCAGUGCUGGUUGAAAGCUGUUAAGCCUGCACUUGCCUUCCUGUGACCCUGGGCUUGAGAAGCUCUUUCUGAUUGCAGCUUGUCCAUGUGACUUGGUUUCCGUUGCCUGCCUGCUUCCGUGAAUAGUAAAAAGAGGCAUCAGUGGUUCAGUGAGAGCGGAGCAAGACAGCUGAACUUCACACACCAGAACCACUCGCAACAGCGAGUCAACCAGCGAUAUGGUCAGGGGAUCAACCAUCAGUGGCUUGGGAAAUCUACACCUAACCACCAGCUAAAGAUGUUAAAAUGCCAGUCCACGGACUCACGCCCAUCCUGCUGUGCUUGUUGCCCUUCUGGAUUAUCCCCACACCAUCCUCGAGUCAUCCACAGCUCAGCCAGUGUCGUCUGAUCCAAAGAACGGCUCUGUGCAACAAUGCCAAGCUCAGCUCUGUGCCUACAGGAUUACCACGCAACAUAGAGGAGCUUCAGCUCAACUACAAUCACAUGCAAACACUACAGGACAACUCUCUGCUCCUUUACCCUUCACUGAACAGCCUGAGUUUAGCUUGUAACAAUUUGGAGAAAUUAGAAUCGAACACUUUUCAAGACUCUAAGUGGUUAGAAAGCCUCAAUUUGGCAAAUAACAAUCUUUAUUUGGGUUACCAAGAAACCAGCCAAGCAUUCAAGGAGCUAACUGGACUUAGAGGUCUGGAUCUUUCUGAGAAUAAACUUGACGAUGAAAUGGCCGCCACACUUCUACAAAAUCUGACCUCUGUAGAGUACCUCAAUCUUUCUGGAAACCUCUUGCAGAGACUGGAUGAGACCUCGUUCAGGGACCUUCACCAGCUCAAAGAGCUCGACCUGCAGAGGAACAUCAUAUUCGAGAUCGAUGGAGCCUUCGACAGCAAUCCCAAGCUCCAGCGGCUCAACUUGGCCUUCAACGAUCUUCCUUGCCUAACUGACUUCCACAUGACCCAGCUGGUGGUUCUCAAUGCCAGUCACAAUUUCAUCGACUGGUUCAUCUCCAGACAAGACCUUAAUGACACUUUCCAGCUAGAGACACUUGAUCUUUCAGAUAACACACUGCUCUUCUUCCCUUUCUUGCCCAACCACAGUCACCUACGUAACCUGUACCUGUCCCACAACAGCCUUAGGUUCUACGAGCGCUUAGCAGACAAUGCCACAUUCCCAAACUCCACGACAACUGUUGAGUUCUACAAUCUAAAGAAAUACAAAAGCAAUGUGACCACUCAGUUGUGGGAUGACGGUCUCCAUGGUGACAUCUCCUCUCUCGAGAUUUUGGAUCUAAGAGGAAACCAGGUGGAGUAUUUCCCCCAAGGAUUCAUCCAGAAAAUGCCUGCGCUCUCCAGGCUUCGAAUGUGCACAAACUGUCUGGAAUCCUUAAAUCUAACUUCUGAACAGUUCUCUGGCAGCUUGUACGAGCUGGAUGUCAGCAACAACAGGCUGAACCAGAUUGUAGCAGAUGAAGGAACACUGAGCACCCUUGGCAAUCUGACAUAUUUUAACCUGAGUCUGAAUGACCUUGCGUGGUUACCCUCGAGAUUGUUUUCCUCACUGCCAAGUCUCAGGUCAGUGGAUCUCAGCUAUAACAAAAUUGACAUUUGUCACCCUGAAGAAGCUGAGAUCAGUACAGAUACUGUCUCAGCUUGUGUGGAUUGGAGAAAUGCUGUGUCCCUUGGGCAGCUUUACCUUAAAGGAUGCAACAUUGAAUUAAUUCCAUCAUCUGCAUUCACAGGGUUGUCGUUGACGCAUUUGGAACUGUCCGAUAACACGGGACUCGUUGUCCAGCAAUCAAUACAAAGCCUCAGUGAAACUUUGCAGCAUCUUGGUUUGGGACACACUCACACACAGGACUUGGAUUUCUCCGGUUUCAAACGUCUGAAGUUUUUAAACAUUUCAAGGAACUCUCUUGCCCAUCUUCCCCCUUCACUCCUAAAUCUUGACCUGAAAGUGCUUGACUUGAGGGACAACAUACUGUCCACUAUCCCCCAAGGUCUGGCUAACGCAUUAGCUCCAAAACUUCACGUUGUUUUCCUCACAGGAAAUCCGUUCAACUGCUGCCAAACAGAAUGGUUCAGGACCUUUGAAACAACAAAGACCAUCAAUAUGGUUGGACAAUCAGACAUAGAAUGUGAAGAUCCCGUCCGAACACAGAGACUGCUACACUUAGAUUCAUCUGUGUGUUUAGACAAAAGUGGGGAAUCUAUAUUCUGGUACAUUCUGCUUUUUGUACCCAUAUGUAUUUCAUUUAUGGGCAUUUCAGUCAUUGUUUUUCUCACAUUUAAGCCCACAAUCCUACAAAAAUCUAUCAAAAAGAAGUGUCUGAAGCCUACAUCUUACUGAUACUUUAAGAACCAAAAACAAACCUGUAGUCUCAAUAGUAUCUUAUUGAGCAAUGUGACUGAAUGUAUUUUGGUAAUAAAUUGAAUUCUUUGUAAAAGUGUCUCCAUCAACUGAGGAGAAAUUGUAAAAAGUGUGUAAACAACAUGGUUGGUGAGGUUUUUAAAUUGCUGUGGUUUGCUCAUCGAAGUGCGGUGUGGGUUCUAAUCCUGAGAUCCUUAUGAAAACUGUGUGUGUGUGUGUGUGUGUGUGUGUGUGUCAACAUAUGCAGAAGUAAUGUGAUGCAAGCUGUUGCUAUAAGCAGCAGAGGAAACAUGAAAUUUCCUGUUUUGCUAAGAUGUGCAGCAACUGCCCAGUUCUGUCUCUCGAGGAGGAGGGGUUUGAGAUUUCCCUUCCAUCUGUGACAUUCAGAUAUAACAUCGAUAUGAAAUUUCAAGGUGUCAGUACUCCUGGGUAGUUAGUUUGGAUCCAUAUAUUGAUGCUUGAUAGUCUACUCAGUGCCCUUAUAGGCCACCAAGUUUUAAGAAAUAUGUUCAAAGACUGACAUAGGCAUCAAACAGAGGACAAUAUCAGCAGUUUGUUGUAUAUGGCUUAAUGACAAUGCCUGGUUCUCCCUUAAAGUACGUGUGUGUGUGUGUGUGUGUGUGUGUGUAGUUGUUAAGAAGAUAGAGGUCUGAUUUGUAUAAAGUUGUGCAGGGUGCAGGAGGCUUAACCAGAAAGUAACCAAAAUACCGCUGCGGUGAUGCUCAGGGUCAUGGUGGUUGGAACGUAAAAAAAAAAGAGAAACUGGAGCGCAGCCUCACUUUUUAACAUAUCUUUUACAUAUCACACUCAGUCAAAGGGUCAAAAUAGAUUAGAGUGGGUCUUUGUUGUUUUUGUGCAGGCCAGGGAGACAACAAACAAAUUCAAAAAGGAGAAACAAGGCAGCAUUUUCUAAAAACCACUAACCACUAUUCACUUAUCAACAAGCAAAGUGAAGCGUGACUGUGCACACAUCCUGCCCCUCUGGAUGCACUGUGAAUCUUAAAAUGAGUGUAAGGCUACUUUGAAGCAAAACUACUUGUCGAUGUUAAACUGAGGAAGCACUGCAAUCAAGAGGUGGACCUGGAGUGGAGAAGUGCUGCUGCUACUAGCCCAACAAAACACAUUCAACAGCCAAAUCUCAGUGGGAAAGAGUGUUGCAGCCAAGAAAUCAUCAUUUGCAGAAAGCAUUUUGACAAUGGUGACAAAUUGUUGACCAAGGGGAAUUUCAUUAGAUUACUCAACUGUAUUAGGUCAGGAGUCAGCAGAGAGCUAUAUGAAAUAUAGGGCAUUCACACAACACGGCAACCAAACUUUGUACAAAAUUGAAUUUAACACAGUGGGUGAAUACACUAGAUGCAAUUGAAGUAAAACAGGUCACCACAUAUAUACUUUGCGUGCAUUAUAUUGCUGCCCUUUCAAGUUAGCAGCGUGCAUUCACAGCACAGCAAACCUGCCAAACACACAGUGCUGCAGCCGACUUGUCUUAGUUAAGCAGUUUAGCUGUGGUUAUAGGGCCAAAUGUACAACCACAAUACUCGCUAUCAGGAGUGUGGAGAAGUCACAUAUGGCCUAAAGUGGUCAAAUGAGAUUCAUUCGUGUACAUGUGUGAGCUGCAUAUAGUAUAUGUGGAUACAUUACAUUAGAAGUUGUCAGUGUCACGUGCACAUUAUGGGAAUGACUCUCGUGUCGGACGCGAUGUCUGCAGAGUCAGUUGAUUACGAGCUGAAUAUUGUGAUUCAGCGGAUCAUCUUGAGUGAGUCGGUUUGCCUCGGUGCAGUGUGGACUGCACAAAAACAGAUAUAUGACAUGGAUUGUGUACGUUCUCAGCCGGACGUGCACACAGCGUCAUGGUUUCUGACUUGACAGGUAGAAGUGGAGCUGCCGGAAUUGAAACUUUCUGUUGAGACCAUCCUCGGCAGGUGAAUGGGAACCCUGUGUCGAGUGAGGCCUCAGACGGCAGAUGUCAACAAGCAUUUUCUGUGCAACAUUUCUGUGUGAGAAAAUAAGGACAGAUGAAAGAGGAAGUGUUUGUCAUCCGAUGUGUGACUUGGUGAAGGCUUUACUUUAUCUGACUGGGUGGGGUUAGGUCCGGAGAGAUAACGACUAAGUGUCAGGACACUGUUCAGCUGUGGUCUCAUGACGACUGAAGUUUGAUCUCUCACUCUCUUUCUAGGUUUCAGACUUAAUAUGAAUAAAUUAAAUUAAAAAAAUUAUUAAAUUAUUUCACAAGCUGUUAAGGUCAAAGGUGAGCUCUGAAUGUCUCUGACGUUUCCCUCAUGUGCUCGUGCUGGAAAAAUGAAAAGUUGACAUGCAGCUUCUCAGCGAGGCAGCACUUUGCAAAGCUCUACUUCCUCUUAACGCUUCCCGCAUUCAUGACAGGCGAGGCCGGGGCGUUCGGCACUGGACUUCCUGAUUAGCCAGGAAGCGCUUCACAACAGUUGUUACAUUUCUCAAUAAAAGUCAAUACUGAGAUCUUACUGAAGGUCGUAACAGCUCAUUGUAUGAGGCUGUGGUCAGAGAGGGGGCCUCGUGGCACAUGAGCUCAGGCAAACAAAAUAUUAUUGCAUAUACAUCUAAACAGUGCAGUACCCUUUAAAAUUAGGACAUUUGAUCAAAGUGGGUCAGUGAUAUUUUAAAGACAUUUGUUUUUGGUCCACAGCUGCUCAAACUGCAGCACAGGGCUCCUGCGGAAGCUGUGAUAAGUCACAGGGGAACAGAGUCGGGUCCUAAAGUAAUACUAUUUGUCAUGAUAGUAGACUUUACUGUAUGUAGCAUUCUCUGACAUGUCUUUAUACAGUAUUUAGGAGGAAAAAAAAGGGUUGUGGAUUGUUUGGGCAUGGAGCACGGCAGUGCUUGUGUUAAUUGAACUCGUCCCCGAGUCUCGUCUGUUCAAAGUAUUUACAUCACUGACACUUAAUCCAAAAAAUUAGUUUUAAAUCUUGGUAUUUUGGACACCAGAUGUGUGCCCUCUAUCUAAAUACAUAAGGUCUGUCAUGUUUUGUAAUUUAAUUAUUUUAUCUUUUCAUUUGUUUCUUUCAUUUUUUCGUGGUUUUGGUCUUGAGAACUGCUCAUGCUCUAGAAACAUGUGAAAGUAUCAUCAUCACUUUUCAGUGUCUGUCUCACACGAUUCUGCCAAAUUACUUUGUCUUGUAUGAAUCUCUCUGGUAUGAACCAGCAAAGACUCCAUGUGAAUGUCACAGUAGAGACACACUGAUCAUGAUGCCUGUUCUGCCCUCCAGUGGUUCAGACAGGAAAACUCAAGGGGAUGCAUUGAAACUCCAUAUGCAUCGACACAAACAAAUUGUGAUAAAAGUGAUAUUGUUUUUUUUAUUUAAAUUCACCAUACUGCAUAUUUAUUUUACAUUAUAUGCUUAUCAGUUCCACACAAAACAAAAAGCAGCUGUAUAGCAAUUACUUAAAUCUCCCAGAAUGUAACAGGAUUCUUUCUUUCUUUUUUUAAAUCAUAGACUGCAUAUAAAAACUGCUUGACAUGGAGGUUUGGGGGAAACUGAUGAAAUGAUAUACGAUGAUGACAGUCUAAGUCUUUUGGGCCUUUUCUUAAUUUAGAGUAAACACUACGUCGAACAAAACCUGAGGCAGUGAACAUAUCACAAAUUGUGUAUUUAUGUAAUAGCUGAUAAACGUCCAAAAGAAAUGUUGAAAUGCUGGUUUCCAGAUACUAAGAACGGAGACUUGGCUGAGUCUCAAUACUGUUGGUGUGGCUGCAAAUAGCAAAGACCGAUUGACUGUGACAUGCACUUAAUAUCAUGUUUGACAUGUGACUUUCAUAACUGUGUGUUGGCUACUGGAACAGUGUAUGACUCACUGUACAGUAAGGCUCCAAGUGAAUAAAGCUGACAAACAACACAUACGAUAAUGUAAAAAAAGAAAAACAAAAUCAUACGUAGGAUAACCAUAAGAGCCACUGCACCAUGCAAUUAUCAAUAAUAAGACUUUAAAAACAAUACACAUCACACUAUACUUCAAACUGAUGAGCAUUUUUUGCCAUUACAAUUUACCUACUGUUCCACUACUUGGAAAAAAAGAACAUCAUAUAUAUUUUGUAAACAAAAACAUUUUUUAAAAGUUACAGUUUGGGAGAUGCUCUGGUACAUAUUGAAGACUGCAUGGCAUCGAACACAAAGGCAUGGAAGCAGGUUUUUUUU